AUGGUUGUUACUCCAGACAAAAUUCAUGAUAGCUCGUUACCUCUCAGGGAGCGAAUGGAAGCUCUAGUUCGUUUGAAGCAGCAAGAGAUUACGCAAGCGUUGGCAGCGGUUGAUACAGUUGGUUUCCACACUGAUUCCUGGGUAAGAGGUGAUAAUGGCGGUGGAGGACAAUCGAUGGUUUUGCAAAACGGAACUACAUUUGAAAAAGGUGGUGUCAACAUCUCAAUUGUCCACGGUAAAUUGCCAGCACAAGCAGUGCAAAGAAUGAGAGCCGACCAUGCAAAUCUUAGAGGCAGUGCAAGUGAUGGAAGUGUUGAUUUCUUUGCUUGUGGGCUAUCUUUGGUCAUUCACCCACAUAACCCGCAUGCUCCAACAACCCAUGCCAACUAUAGAUAUUUCGAAACAACUGACCCUGACACUAAAGAAACUCAAGCUUGGUGGUUUGGAGGCGGUGCUGAUUUAACACCGUCAUACUUGUACGAAGAGGAUGCUAAACACUUUCAUCAAAAACAUAAAGAUGCAUUGGACAAGUAUGACGAGAGUUUGUAUCCCAAAUACAAGAAGUGGUGUGACGAAUACUUUUUAAUUAAGCACAGGGGAGAGACUAGAGGAGUUGGAGGUAUCUUUUUCGACGACUUUGAUUCUAAGCCGGCCGAUGAGAUUUUAAAGAUUAUUGAAAGUUGUUUUGAUGCAUUUGUUCCAUCAUAUGUCCCAUUGGUGGAAAAGAGAAAGGAUACCCCAUUCACUCCCGAGCAAAAACAAUGGCAGCAAAUUAGAAGAGGAAGAUAUGUCGAAUUCAAUUUGGUGUUGGAUAGAGGAACUCAAUUUGGUUUGCUCACCCCUGGAUCAAGAGUCGAGAGUAUAUUAAUGUCGUUACCAGCUACUGCCAGUUGGGUUUAUGAUCACCACCCAGAGCCUGGCAGUGAUGAAGACAAGCUAUUACAAGUUUUGAAAAACCCUGUGGAUUGGGUGUAA